AUGAAUGAGGUGAAAGCGGUUGAUUGCACUGUUGUUUCAGCUCCCGACUUGGGCAAAAUCAAACCACGACAUCACCGGCAGUUUUCAGAUGUGACUACUGUGAGUAGCACAGAUAGUAAAUAUUCUACUACAAGCAAGUCCACCAUGCCAUUUUGUCGCCGUUGCUGUUUAUGUUGCAGACAAACUAUAUGGUCUCAUAAGUUUUGGAUGGGAUUUACAGCAUCUACUUGGGGUUUCUUGUCAAGCGUUGAACGCGCUGUAAUACUACCAACACUUUGGCUUACCUGA